AUGCAGUUGCUUGGCUCUCAAGGAAAGGGGAAACUCUUGUUUUCAAGAACCCUGAUGUUGUUUUUUAUGGUGUCAUUUAUUUUUUCUUGUUUUUCCUUGUCAGCUUCUGGAGAGGUUGUUUUUGAGAGAAUGAGUCAACAAUCCAUUGAAUCACAAAUUUAUGCAGAUCCUCCACAAAGUCCUCAGUCUUCUAAGAAUGAUAAGAGAGGACUUUGUUCCAAUGAGAUUGUCGUUGCGGUAUCUGCAACUGUCAUUGUUUUUGUUCUUUCUACCCUUGUUGCCUUCUAUAAGUGCAUAAAAAAGCAAACAUCAUUUAUUAAAAUUGAGACCUCUGAAUUACCUGAAAGAAACGAUGUUACAGUUUUCAAUGACAUUGGAGUUACUUUGACAUAUGAAAAAAUCGUUCAGGCUACCAGACACUUUAGCUUGACCAACUGCAUUGGAAAUGGUGGUUUUGGCUCUACAUACAAAGCUGAAAUUUCUACUGGACUUACAUUGGCAAUAAAGAGACUCCUGGUUGAAAGAUGUCAAGGAGUUCUCCAGUUCAAUGCUGAGAUCCGCAGCCUUGUAAGCAUAAAUCAUCCCAAUCUCAUUACAUUGAUUGGGUAUUUUUCGAGUAAGACUGACAUGUUUUUGAUAUAUAAUUAUCUCCCUGGAGGUAAUCUGGAGAAAUUUAUACAGGAUCGAGCAAAUAAGAUCUUUAACUAUAAAGUGUUGUAUAAAAUUGCCAUGGACAUUGCUCUUGCCAUUUGUUUUCUACACGAUCAAUGUGUCCCACGUAUUAUACACAGGGAUAUCAAGCCGAGCAAUAUAUUAUUGGAUAAUGAGCAAAAUGCUUAUUUGUCUGAUUUUGGAUUAUCGAGGAUCAUGGGAAUAGAAACCUACAGCACCACAGCUGUAGCAGGAACUUUCGGGUAUGUAGCACCAGAAUAUGCUGAGACAAGUCGAGUGUCCGACAAGGCUGAUGUUUACAGCUAUGGUGUCGUGUUGCUCGAGUUGCUCUCAGAUAAGCGAGCUUUAGAUCCUUCGUUUUCUGUGUAUGAGAAUGGAUUCAACAUUGUUUCAUGGGCGAACAUGUUGCUGCGCAAUGACCAGGCACAUGAAUUCUUCUAUACCAGUUUAUGGGAGGCAGGUCCUGAGGACAAGUUGAUGAACGUGCUACAUUUGGCUCUAAUGUGUACUGUAGAUCUCGUUACUGACAGGUUGAGGAUGAGGCAAGUUGUUGAGGAACUGAAGGAUCUUGCACCUCUUGUCCCUUAAGGCAAUGGAGUUCUGAAUUCAUCCAUCAAAUAAUUAAUGAAAGUAACCUAAGACUCUUAGGGUUUGUUUGGUUGGGAAACAAGGUAUGCUAGGAGUUAUGC